GUGGGUCAUACGGUAUUAGACUGGUUGGUACAAGUUAUGCAAGUAGAGGGCGAGUGGAAAUCUAUCAUCCAUCAUACGGUUGGGGAACUGUAUGUGAUGAUGGUUUAGACCAACCUGAUGGAGAUGUGAUUUGUCGUCAGUUGGGAUACAGUGGUGCUAGUGCUGUGUAUAAACAUGCACGUUAUGGUCAAGGAACUGGUGAAAUACUGUUGGACUCGACCGGUUGUUCUGGAUCCGAGUCCUUUAUUUGGGAUUGCUCGCAUUUAGGAUUGAAAGUGAGCGACUGUGCUCACGACGAAGACUCGAGCGUGGAUUGCAAUUAA